AUGUACCGUGUGGACGUGUAUGCUGUGGAAGAUGAAAAGACCAAGGCGAGAUCGACCCAUGGACCUUUCUAUGCUUGUUUGUCCGCCGCUUCCAAUGACGGGCGUCUCUUGACGGCGGGUCGGAAGAAUGCGACCAUUGUGCUUCCCAAGGACAAAUCCGUCUCGCGGGAUCAUGUCCACCUGUAUCUAAUGUCCAAGAAUCCAGAUCAUCAAAAGGAACUCAACAAUGACGACACGACCAUGGCAGUAGCGGCUGCCAUGAAACCCAACUCAGCGGAAGAGACCGAGGCAUGUGACCAGAAUCCCAUGGGUAUGGCCUUGCUCGUCAAAAAUUUGGGAAAAUUUGGGACCAUUGUCUUGGCAUUGGCGCCCAAGGAGGACAAUACUAGUACUACUAGCAGCCAAGCGCCCGUCAGCAAGAAACCGAAGAAUGGAAGCGACACGGACGGUGGAAGUGACACGGAAGAUGAGAGUCAAGAAAUGGAAAUUGAGGCAGCUGUUUCACAAGGAAAACUGCCAGAAGCCAUUGCCGGAGUCAAAUUGACCGGUGCCAUCCAGCAAAUCCAUGCCAGUCUCGUACAAGAACAAAAGAGUCACCGACCGUUGGCGCUCAAAAAGCUCGAUGCCAAGGAAUCGUUUGCAGUUCCCGGCAAUGCCACCACCAUUAUUCUGCAAACGGGACAGUAUGGUUCUACCAUCAUUCUGACCCGCAUGGAUCUACAGAUUUGCCGGAGUGGAUGGGGCAAUUCCAAAAAGCUUGUGGAGCGAAUGCAAACACAAUUGUACGGUGUGGGGGCCACCUUGUUGGAUGACGAUAUUGAGGAGAUGCUCUUCAAGGCAGCUGCCAAAACCAAACGAAUGGAUGGUAGCUUUUAUGACAAGAAUGUCUUGCCAAAGAAUUCACCGGCACUGCCUCCUACCAUUUACAUGGCGGUCCCCAAGCGACAAAGCGUACCCAAACAAUUGAUUGCCUGGAACUUGGGCUUUCCUUCCGUCACUCUGGAAUUUCUGGAAACUCUCCUGAAACGAAAAUCACCCGAGGAUGCCUGGCCGAAUCUCGCGGAAUUCAAUCCUCCUUCCGCUGUGGCAGCCAAGGAUUUGGACGCAGACUUUUGGGACAAGCAGGCUCCAAAUCCAUCGACACUGUGGGAAACGUGCACAUUCCUCAGCACGUCCGAUAAAAGCAAGGACAAUGAAAGCAUUGUGCGAGCCGCCGGUGGAUCCGUGAUACAAGUCUACAACCGCGACGAAAGCGAGGCCAAGAAACAAAUUGAAGCAGUGCUCAAGAAUCCGGCCAAAAAGGAUGGGGUCUUCUCCAUUACCGCAUCGGGACGCUCCAAAAUCAGAACCUGGAUCAAAGAUCAGGGCAUCCCACACCUCAAACAAAAAGACAUUGUCAUUUUGUUGUGUCGACAAGAACCAUUGAAAGACGACAAAACCGAUCGUGUCAUUGCCGGGAAGCAACUACUAGAGGUCGAAACAACAACAGCAACAGAGGUGGAGAAACCGCCAUCAUCAAAGUCAGAGGAAUCAGAGCAGAAAGAAAAGGCGCCUUCCAGCGACGAGGAAAAGGAAUCAGGGGAGAAGGAUUCGCCAAAAGAUGUAGCUACCAAAGAAAAGCCGAUCGAAAGCGCAAGCGACAAAGCCGAAACAAAAGACAAGGACGUGGAAAAUGACAAAACGGACAAACCUACCUCUCAAACCAUAACCGAGAAGAAGCCAGACAGCAAAGGGAAAGCCACGCAAUCAAGUCAAACUCAAACGCCAGGGGGUACUCGUCGUCGUCGAAAGUAUCAGCCCGUGGAAAGCUCGGAUAGCGAUGACAGCAGUGAUGAUGACGAUAUCAAAAAGAAGCCACCACCAGCCAAGAAAUCACGUACAUCCAAUACUGAUAAAAGUGGUGGCACAACGAAGGAAAAGGAAGUGCUGGCCGAGAAAACUAGCAAAGAAGCAGAUGAUAAGAAGGAUGACAAAGAAGAGGUCUCGCCUCCGGCCGAGAAAACUGGUGAAAGCAAGGCUAGUAAGAAUGACAAAGAGGAAGAUAAGGGCCAACCGCCGGCAAAGAAAGCUCGCGCCAGUGCUAACGAGGAUGAUAAGGUGGACGAAGAGGACCCACCUCCUACAAAGAAAGUUGCUGCCAGCACUGGCAAGGACGAAACGGAUGAGCGUGCAGCCAAGAAAGCUCCAAGCCGAGCCAAUGAUGACAAGGAUGAAAAGGGUGAGCGAGCAAAGAAAUCCCGCAGCAGAAGUGUCGACAGCAAGGAAGAGGAGGACGACAAUCGCCGUGCAAAAAAAGCUCGCAGCGAUGUCGCAGACAAACCGCGAGAACGGCACAGCCAGUCGCCGGGGCGGGAAGAUGCCUUGCCUUCCGUCGAGGAAGAAGACUCUAUGGACAUCAGUGGCUCAAAUCUCAAUGAUAAUGUAGAUUCGGAACUGUCUCCGGGACGAGGCAAGAAGCGACGUGAGGAGCCGAAGAAGAAGAAAAAGGAGCCACGGUCCUACCAGGCCCCAAUCACAGGUGACGGCAGUGCAAAGCUAGAGAAAACGAAGGAUGGAUGGUUCAUUGCGGCUCCCUCAAAGAAUCGAAAAGCAUAUCUCCGACCGAAACACGAGCUGCUGGACAAGUUGGAUGAAGGAUUGGACUUGCCUGCCGUCGCCGAGACCGUGGUGAUGCCCUUGAUCGUCACUCCUUACGACCCUGCUCGAAGCAGCAAGCAGUUCUCGCGAAAGUCCAAAGGAGGAAAGGACUUCAAGCGGUUCCGAAAGAACUCCAUCAUCAAGGGGCCUCGUGUGUCGCGAAUCGAGAUGCGAGCAGUUCUACCGAAGGAAUCAGACCAGCAACGUGCAUUAGAAGAGCAGCAGCGCGCAAUCGAUGCCCAGCAGCGCAUGGCAGAUGAGCUAUUUCAUGGCGGCGGUGGACGGAAUACUAAGGCUACGAAAACCACAACACGUCGUCGCCGCAAUGUUUAG